AUGGCUCCGGUGCUUAGGGCUCAUCCGCAAGUCACGGCAGCGCUGGUUCUGCUGUCCGUUCUCGGUUUGGCGGCUGGUGGGAAGCUGCUGGUGGUGCCGGUGGAUGGGAGUCAUUGGCUCAGCAUGCGGGAAGUGUUGGACGGUCUCAGGCAGAAGGGCCAUGAAAUAGUUGUCGUUGCACCUGAAAUCAGUUUGUACAUAAAGCCAGCGAAGAGUUUUGUUAUGAAAAUGUACCCAGUCCCUUUCACACAGGAAGAGAUGGAUGGAAAUUUCAAGGCAUUUUUACAAGAGGUGCUUGAAGGAGGAACUUUUCUGGAAAGAUUUCUUAAAGUAUACCAACGUAUGAAACGCGUCUCAGACUUGGCAAUCUCCAGCUGUGCACACUUACUGUACAACAAAGAGCUUGUCAGAUAUCUUGAGGAGAGCACGUUUGACGCUGUCUUUACAGAUCCUGUGCUACCGUGCGGGCAGAUACUGGCUGAGCAUCUCUCUGUCCCUUCCGUGUUUUUUUUACGAGGAAUACCAUGUGGUUUAGAUUUUGAAGCCACUCAAUGUCCCAAUCCUCCUUCUUAUGUCCCCAGGUUGUUUACACAGAAUACAGACCGCAUGAACUUUCUCCAGAGGGUGAAGAAUCUGAUCUUUGACAUUCCAAAUUAUUUUCUCUGUGAUUUUGUCUUCCAACCAUAUGCAAAACUGGCUUCUGAGUUCCUUCAGCGGGAUGUGACUGUGCUGGAUCUCUUACGCCAGGCUUCCAUUUGGCUUAUGAGAUUAGAUUUUGUGUUAGAUUAUCCAAAACCUUUGAUGCCCAACAUCAUUGUAAUUGGAGGAGUAAACUGUGCUCACAAGAAGCUAACUCAGGAAUUUGAAGCUAUUGUGAAUGCCUCUGGAGAACACGGCAUUGUCGUCUUCUCGCUGGGCUCCAUGGUCUCUGAGAUCCCUAUGAAGAAAGCCACAGAAAUUGCAGAUGCCUUGGGGUCUAUACCUCAAACGGUCCUGUGGCGAUACACGGGAGAGGAGCCCCCUAACCUGCCAAAGAACGUAAAGCUCGUCAAAUGGCUGCCACAGAAUGAUCUUCUAGCUCACCCUAAGACUCGUGCCUUUAUUACCCACGGAGGCUCACACGGUGUUUACGAGGGCAUAUGCAACGCGGUGCCAAUGCUACUAAUGCCGCUAUUCGGAGACCAGAUGGACAACGCCAAGCGAGUAGAGUCACGGGGAGCAGGGCUGACACUGAAUAUACUAGAAAUGACUUCGAAGGACAUAUCCGCUGCCCUGAAAGCAGUUAUUAAUGAUAAAAAGUACAAAGAGAACAUCCAGCGUCUCUCAGACCUUCAUCUUGACAGACCCAUCCACCCCCUGGACCUGGCUGUGCACUGGGUGGAGUUCGUAAUGAGACACAAAGGGGCCCCGCACCUGCGACCCGCUGCUCAUGACUUGAACUGGAUCCAGUACCACUCCCUGGACGUCAUCGCCUUCCUCCUUGCCGUGGUGUUCCUCUCCCUCUUCAUUUCCCUGAAGUGCUGCCUGUUCUGUUGCCGCAGGUGCUGCUGUAAGAAGGGAAGAACAAGAAAGCCAACCAAGUCAAAGUCCCACUAGCAGAUGAAACCACUGGUAGGAAAUUAGGCCUCUGCUCCAGACCAGAAGGAUCAGAGAACAUCACAAAAUUCACUAAAAUAAUUCCUGACUUUCAGUCAAGAAAUAAUAGCAUUCCUUUAAAGUAGCACCACAGGAGGAGUUGUUUCACUGAUAUAAUUUUUGCCUUUAAUUACGAAUCAGUUGUUAAAAAUAACUUGUAUAGAAGUGCUUCAGUCACUUGGGAAGAUAUUAGUGUGAAGCCCAAGGCUCCUGGCUUCCACGUCUUGGUGUACAGAUGACUCAUGGUGAUGUUUUUUUCAUUUUUUGACCUUUAUAUGCAAUGG